AUGAGCAGCAGAUUCCUAUCAUUCCUCAUUCUCGCAAUUAUUUUUGUUGUUGCGAAUUGCAACACAACAAUUGCUCCACAUCGAAAUCCAGUCACAUCGGGAGGAAGCUCGAAUAAAAUCGGUGAUAUUAUUCAUGGCGUUCAGAAUUUUUUCACUUUUUUAUGCACUCGAUGUCAACAGAUAAUUGUGUUGGUUGAUGAUGCGAUUGACAAUCAAACACUCAAAAAAGAUGCGAAUAAAAUCUGCGAAGCAACACUUUCAUUCAAUGAGGUUAUUCAGAAAGUCUGCAAAAGUUUGGGUUAGUUUUUUUCAUUUCCACCGCCUAAAAAUAUGACGUGCGCUCUAUCUGUGCACUUUUCAAAAUAUGAUAAAAAUGUAAAUACCUCCACAUUUUUAGUCGAAGACAUCCUUGGUGAAAUCUACAAACAACUUCAACGCUUCAAACCCGAUUCCACAAUUUGUGCUCAUAUUCAUCUUUGCGAUUCUUGCGGAAAUGUGACAAUUCCUCGAAAUUCCCAAUUAUUUUUGGACCCAGAAAAUCAAGACGCCGCUGGCAAAGUUAUCAAAAAUAUUGCCAAACUUCAACACGUCAUUUUUGAUUUGUCUGGAAACUAA